GGUCUCAGGCUGAUGACGUCGUCGGAAGUAAUCUCAGGUCUUCAUCAUCGUGAACACAAACUUUAGUUCAAUCAUAGUUUCGCUUUGCGGUCCUUGUCAAAGUAGAUGGUCGCGAUGAAACUCAAAGUGGAGCGGAGUCUCUUUUGAGCUCACCUCGUCGGGACACCUUCUGUCUGAGCGGUCGUAGUGCCGAGGUCUGUAAAGGAGCAUGGAUGGAGUCCCUUGCCGUUGGAACCCUACAAGAGCACCAGAGUCUUUACACCGCUGCCGGCCUACCACAGGCACCCUGUCCCGGCUGGCCAAACUGGUAGCACACGUGGAACCAAAACCAGACAGUCACUCUCGAAAGCAGCCCCUUGCAUGCCACUCCUUCGCUGGUCCAGAAUGUGACCAGGAAUCCCCUAACAUGACAGAACAUUCGCUACAUCAAGAGUCCAAACAUGCGUUACCCAAGCCUCACAAAUGUGUGUCCUGUGGGAAUGAGUUUUCCCUUCUAUCAUCAUUACAGCACCACAUGUGUGCUACUUCUCCUGAUGAACUGGGUUUGGCUCGUGCGGACGGAGCCUCUGAUCCCGACGGUCUCCAGGACAAGUCGCCUGGCCACCAACCUGGCUUUAUUGACAGUGUCCCGUACGCUUGUGCCUCGUGCGGCAGAGGCUUCAGCCAGAAGCAGGCUCUUCUCCAGCAUCAGCAGGCUGUUUGUGGUGAACCAUCUCUAUUGGCUGGGGAUGGUGCCAGCACCCCUCCCGCCGACUCACCCCAAUCGGCUUCUGAGGCUGGCUCGAGCCAGUCUGAUAGUUCAGAGCCUCCAGUAAAUCGCACAUUUGUCCAAUGUUUAUUCUGUCCUAGAAAAGCACGCUCAGGAGCUGGAAUUCAUUGCCAUGUGCGGACAUGCCAUCCAGCGGAGAGUCGGGCUUUUCUCAAGCAUCAGCAGGCUGGUCGUAGUGAACCAUUCGUAUUGGCUGGGGAUGGGGCAAGCACCCCUCCAACUGUCUCCAUUGCCCAAUGUUUAUUCUGUCCUAGAACUUCCCGCACAGGAGCUGGACUUCAUUGCCAUAUGCGGAAAUGCCACGCAGCAGAGCUAUUGGCGUCUGAACAACAAAGGGUAAGGUGCCGUGCCAGUAAGUUGCCAAAGCUGCUGGGUUGCCGCUCUUGUGAAAUGGUCUUCAAGAGUACAGCCAUGCUGUACUUGCACAGGAAGGAGAUGCACAGCAGGGAGACGGCCCCAAGGAGCGAGAGAAUUCCGGUCAUUCCCAAACGUCGGAAGCAGGAGACGUAUCCAUGUCAGGUUUGCGGUAGAGUCUUCCUGCAUCAUCUGUCUCUUAGGGCCCAUUCCAAACAGCACUCGGCCUCGGAUGUCACCGCUAUCCCCAAGCAGGGCCACUCUGCCGAGGCCAAUGCCAGACAAUCCAAAUACACUGAAAGGCAACCAAAAAAUCUCCACCAUGCACUUUUGACUAAAGGAAAAUCUGGAAGGAAAACUGAGACAUUGGAUGAGGAGACGGCUCUGAGGAGCUCAAGGAUUGGCUGUAAGGUAGAAGAGGAAGUGGAGAGUGACUUUCCGUGUCCCUCGUGUGCCAAGGUUUUUUCCCUUCAGUCAGAGCUCAGAAACCACGCAGAGCUUCAUCAGUCAACUGCACACUGGAGACAGUGCAGUGUUUGCCUUCAGGAGAUGGACACCUCUAAAGGGUUAGGUUCUAAGAAACGUAGGCUUUACCAUUGUGUUCCCUGUCAGCAGACCUUCCCAGCGUUGGACACCUUUCUGAAACACUGCCAGGAUCACCUACGGGUCAGGGUGGAGGAGGACCAUAUUGCUGAGGCUUUUGGUUUCCAUAGCAACAAAAACAGAGAUUAAUAGACUGUCAUUGUCACUUUAGCGAGCCAUGUUGACUUAGGUUUCAGAAUUUAAGAAGCCACAAAAGCUGAAACAAUUCCUCAUUCAGUACCUGAAUAGUCAGUCCACUGUUAGUAUCACGCUGAUUGGUUGAAUGUAUUAUCAAUAGAUGCCAAUGCCUGAAUAGUCUGUGUUUAACAAUUGAAUGGUAAGUCAGGCAGGUUUGUUCCACUCUC